AGUCUUCGCCGUUUCAAACAAAUAAAGAGUUCAUUCCAUUUUUUCUCCGUUUUCGUCAAUUUUGAAAGCCGCGAGUGUUCGUUCAUCCACUUUCUCUCCCAUUCAUUUUCCCGGGUAAAUUUUCCGUUUGUUUCCCGAGAAAAUCUCAGCUCCAUCGUUUUUCCUCUUUCUCUUUCUCAGUGUCUUCCAGCUCGAUCUCGAGUUCUGCCGGCCAAUUCCCAGCAUAUUGUCCGAAUUUAUGAGCACGAGAUCCCGGAUUUCAAUACAGAAGUAGGGAUCUCGUGCAUGGAUCAUCCUACUCUCAAGCUCCGCGCGUUGCUGAUUCUCGUUGGAUUAGUGAAUGUCUGUUUUGCGGAGAAUGAUUUUGGAAACUGCGAGAGAGUUGUGAAGACAUGGACUCAUUCUUCGCUUGAUAGAGAAGUCAUUCAUGAAGAUAAACACACACUGAGGGAUUUGCUGUUUUUCCUCCAUGUCCCUCGAACGGGAGGGCGCACUUAUUUUCACUGCUUCUUGAAAAAAUUGUAUCCUAGUUAUCUGGAAUGUCCUCGCUCUUAUGAUAAGUUGCGGUUUGAUCCAAGCAAACCAAAAUGCAGGCUAUUGGUUACACAUGAUGACUAUAGCAUGACAUCCAAACUUCCAAGGGAGAGAACUUCUGUGGUUACCAUACUUAGGGAUCCAAUUGACCGAGUCUUUAGUACUUAUGAAUUUUCAAUAGAGGUUGCAGCUAGAUUUUUGGUGCAUCCAAACUUGACAUCUGCAACACAGAUGACUUUCCGCUUGCGCUCUAAGACUAAAGGAGUAAGCACACUGGAUAUCUGGCCAUGGAAGUACCUGGUUCCAUGGAUGAGGGAAGACCUAUUUGCAAGGAGAGAUGCCAGGUAUAGUAGGGAGCUGGAUAUCAUUGAGGGCAGUGAUCCUUAUGACAUGGAAGAUUUUGCAAUGCCAUUACAAGAAUACAUCAGUCAUCCGGUGGCUCGUGACAUUCUACAUAAUGGAGCCACAUUCCAGGUUGCAGGCUUGACGAACAAUUCAUAUACGGAAGAAGCACAUGAAGUGCGCCAUUGUGUACAGAAAUAUAAGAAUCUUGGUAAAUAUGUGCUCCAAGUUGCUAAGAAAAGACUGGAUGAUAUGUUAUAUGUUGGUCUUACUGAGGAGCAUAGAGAAUCUGCAACAAUGUUUGCAAAUGUGGUUGGUUCUCAGGUGAUAUCACAACUUAAUGCACCAAACACCAGCUUGGGUAGUACUGUUAAAACAGAACAGAGUUCGAGUUCAGAUUCUGAUCCUGAUAGCGGUGAACAUCAGAAUAGCACCUUGGACACGGGAGCAAAUGAGAUUACUUCAAGCGGAAGUGGAGAAGCAACAGUAUUAAAUAUGACUGCUGGAAAACUCAUGGGUGCUUACGAAACUUGUAUUUCUAAGUUACGGAAGGCCCAGUCAGGCCGACGCAUUACUUCUUUGAAGAGGAUUUCACCAGUGAACUUUUCAAAGGAGGCACGUCUUCAGGUUCCUGAAGAGGUUCUCCAGGAGAUACGGUCUCUUAACGACCUUGACUUGGAGCUCUAUGAAUAUGCCAGAGUCAUUUUCUAUAAGCAACACAAAACCUCAUUACUGAUUACUGAGGACAGAAGGGACAACAUAUCAAGCAGUGCAUAUGAUAUCAUCCUCUGGAAGGACCUUACAAUAGCAAUAUCCUUUGUCUUCAUCCUUUUAUUUUUCUUAGUAAUUGCAAAUGUGAGAAGAAGAACGUCCAAGGUUAAGAAAUGAAAGUAAUUAAAUCUUAAUCUGCGGAAUUUCAGGCUCUAAAGCUAAAAGAUUUUAGAGAACAAAUAUAUUUAGACAGAAUUCCAAUUAUUAGCCUUGGAUUGAGUUAACCAAUUUUCUCAGCCCCAGUCUUAUAGCUCCAAGUGGACUGUUCUAAGUUUUGUUUGCUGAUGGGUAUCAUAGUUAUUGUAGUUCUGUUUC